AUGCCUGGGAAAUAUAACGAAGCCAAACAAGUUCCAGAAACCUAUCAUAAUAAUUUUAGCCGAAUUGCAACUGAUUCGAGAGCGAAAUCAAUCAACGAAACCACCUUGUCCAGAAUACUAAUAGGAGAGGAUCUGACCAGCAAAGCGAAGCUUCGGACUGGCCGACACGGAGCUACGGCUUCUCCUAAGUAUCCAAAGACAAAAAGGGAAGUUCUCACCGCCAGAGACUGGCCGACAUGCGAAACCUCAGCAAAAUCAAUAAAUCAACUGUCACCGCCAGAGACUGGCCGACGCGAACAGUUGUUAGCCACAACUAUGGCUUCUCCUAAAUGUCCAAAGAUCAAGGGACUGGCCGACAUGAGAAACUUCAGCAUAGUCACAUUACCCAAAAAUACAAACAUACAAACAACGAGGCAAAUCGUUUUUAACCUACAUUACGGAUCAUGUGAUAUAGAAUCGCGACUUAAUAAACUCGAUUGA